AUGAGUGUCAUAUAUAAUGCCACAAACAGCUCAGAUUCCAAUGCUGCUUUGCAGGAGACCAGAAACCACCCUCAAGUUCUACAGGCCGUCUUGGAAGACGAUCAACUGAGAGCGAUAUACUCCACUUUGCUUUCAAAAUUCACUGCUCCAGAAACACCCAACAUCGAAACCAGCGCACUGAUAAACACCAAUCAGUGCCUAACGGAGAUGCAGUUCGACCAGGCGAUCUCAGUCCUCAAACCUGAAUUCCCUUGGGAUCCAAUGGAAGCCUUUAAAUUCCACCAUUCGCUGCGCAGGCUAAAGAACAGCACUUCCGCAGUCAAAUUCAGUGAUCGCUUCUGGGUCUCUCCGAAGCUAAAGGUCUGGUCAUCGGCACGAGGGUCGCGGCUUAUUGUCGUAAAGGGCAAGCAGUGUGCGCAAAAGUUGAUAAGGCAUUUCUCCACGCUGGUCAUUGAUCAGCUCAUGACAUAUAAUGUUCCAGUGCUAUGGGCACUUCCAAUGCCAAAUGAGGAGGGCACUAGAAUUUCAUGCAGGGAGAUAUCGGGAAAUUAUUUGCUAAAGCUUUUAGCUCUCCAGGCGAUUAACAUUAGCUCUGAGAAAAGAACCGAGAAAUCCAUUUCGCUCUUGCAUCAUCGCUUCAGGACAGCAACGAGUGAGAAUAGCUGGUUUGAUAUUCUCGGGUCUAUUCUUAUGGGCAUUGGGCCGCUUGUCUAUAUUGUCGUCGACACGGGACUUCUCGAUGGCAAUCCUGAUCAUCUUCGUGGCUUUCCCUGGUUACAAUCCUUCCAAAAUUUGCUUCACAAGCUUUCAUCGAAAUUCCCAGGCCCUGAGGUUAAAAUCCUUCUCUUGCAUUGCCGUUCUGAUGAGAUGCUCGAACCUUCAGGCGAGCUGCCCCCUGACAUCGUUGUCUCAGCGGGAGGAUCCUUUAUACCUGUACGAGGGCGGAAGACUAUGCGACGGAACACUUCAUACCCUGUUAACAGCUCCCUGAUCUCCACCUGCUUGUACCCAAGCGACUCCGCUUGA